AUGAAGAAGAGGAAGAAGAGGAGCCAAGCUCGAUCGAGCGAGGCGAACCCAGUCGAGUGGAGUGCUCCUGAUGGCCGUCUCCCAUCUCCAGACCACGACCUUGCCUCCCAGUCUUUUGGAGCAUUCUGGAGCAUAUGGGACAGAGGAGCAUGGAGGGACUUGGCACAUGGACGCAGCUCAACUGGAUACGCAAAGGAAGAAGGAGAAGCCAUCUUGAAGACCAGCUCGACCACCUCAACUCGACCGGCCAAGCUUCAACUCGAUCGAGCUGAGAAGUCAACAGUCAAACCCGAAAAAUGUUGCUUCCCCCUUGACUUUCCUUUGACCCUAAACCUAAAUCCUCUUGUCUUUUGGAGCAUUCUGGAGCAUAUGGGACAUGAGGAGCAUGGAGGGACUUGGCACAUGGACGCAGCUCAACUGGAUACGCAAAGGAAGAAGGGAGAAGCCAUCUUGAAGACCAGCUCGACCAUCUACUCGACCAACCGGUCGAGUUCCUCAACUCGACCGGCCAAGCUUCAACUCGAUCGAGCUGAGAAGUCAAAGUCAAACCCGAAAAAUGUUGCUUCCCCCUUGACUUUCCUUUGA